AUGUCCAAAGAAAUUAUAAUAAUUUGCCUAGUAAUAAUUCUGAUUUACCUGGCUUAUCAGCAAACUCAGCAAAAAACUCUGACUAUUCAGCCUGAUAAUCAGCGAUUACAAGAACUAACCAACCAAGUCCAGCAUUACCAAACUCUUUACCAAAAACGGGUAGAAAAAGAUAUUGGAAGUGAUUCUGAGCAAGUUAAGGAACUGCAAUUAAACUAUUUAGAAAGGUUAAAUAACCAAACUAGUCAAGAAAAAAAUAAACUCACUGAAUAUCAGCCCCUAUUAGAACAGAAAAUAGAUGAUUUAGGUCAACAGUUAAUCUUUACUGCUCGCCAAAAGAUUAAAAACAAUAAGCAAGCCCAAGAGUUAUUAGCCAAAUUAGAAAGCACCGCCAAUAUUAAAACUUUUCAAACUAGGGUUAAAGAAGAUGCCGAAACUAUUGAAAACAAAGAGAAAAAAUUAGAGAAAAUUCAAAACGAAAUAAAAGAUUAUCAACAAUUAUUCACGACUAAACCAUUAGCCGAAAAGGCAAUGGAAUUAGAUGAGUUUUAUGAAUGA